UUCCAAUUUUUAGCUAACCACAAACGUGGCCCUCAAAAGUAGUGAGACCCGUAGUCGCAUACAAGACGCACAUAAUUCAAACCCAAAAACACGUUCCCUUGAAUGGACUCCCCAAUCUUCCACUCCCCAGUUUCCGAUUUCUCAUCGGAAUCUUCCUUUGGGUCGCCGGAAUCUUUCUCCUGGGAGGGCCUGAAUUUCGAUCACCAAAAUUUCCUUCCUUUCAAUGAAAAUGACUCGGAGGAAAUGCUUCUUUUGGGUCUAAUUUCUAAGGCGAACCAAGAGAUCACAUCGGAAACGUGCGUGAACCGGGUUAAGGAAGAAGAGGUAAGCUCAAUAGCGGAGGAAAAUCCCAAGAAGGAGAAGUCGUACAGAGGCGUCCGGAGGCGGCCGUGGGGGAAGUUCGCGGCGGAGAUAAGGGAUUCCACUAGGCACGGCAUAAGGGUAUGGUUAGGAACAUUUGAUAGUGCCGAGGCAGCAGCUUUGGCCUACGACCAAGCUGCCUUUUCCAUGCGCGGUUCCUCGGCGAUACUCAACUUUCCGGUUGAAAGAGUCCGGGAAUCGCUUAGGGACAUGAAUUACUGCUUCGAAGAGGGGUGCUCGCCGGUGGUGGCUCUUAAGAGAAAGCACUCGAUGAGAAGGAAAAGUAUAAGCAAGAAAAGCAAUGAGAGGGAUCAUGUAAAGAUAGAGAGUGUGGUGGAGUUGGAGGAUUUAGGCCCGGAUUACUUGGAAGAACUAUUGAGUUCAUCUGGGACUGCUACGCCUUGGUAAUUAAAGCAAAUAUCAACCACUUCUGCCCUUACCAUAAUCCUUCUUUUAAUUACUACUACUCUACCCUUUGUGUACUUCUUCUCAUUUUAAUUUUUUUUUUUUCCUUUCUUAGACUGAUUUCAUUGUAAUGGUUGAAAUCAUUAAAAUCUGUAUCUUAAUUCUCUUUUUCAUUUUUGUAAA